AUGCUGUUUGGCGUGAAAUUACAGAACGAAAUAUAUCCUCCUUGGAAGGAUUACUAUAUCGAUUAUGAAGGUUUGAAGAAGUUAUUGAAGGAGAAUGUAGUUUCUAGAGGAAAUGAGGACUGGACAGAAAGAGAUGAAAAGACAUUUGCUGCAGAAUUAGACAGGGAACUAGAAAAGGUGUACACCUUUCAGGUUUCAAAGUAUAAGGAAUUAGAAACCGAAAUUUCCAAAUUGGAACUUUUGACAGAACACUACUUAGAGAGUCUUUCAAGAGGAAAACCAGAUUCAUUUGACUCUCAAUCAUUUCAAACGAAACUUGAAGAGCUUCUUUCAGAAACAAAUGAGUUGGAUCAUUUUGCCCGUUUGAAUUUUACGGGUUUCAACAAAAUUGUGAAAAAGCAUGACAACUUGAGGAGUGGCUAUUCUGUGAAGGCAUUACUUAAUGUGAGAAUGCGGUCACUACCUUUGAAUAAUAUCAGUGAGGAUACUUCCCCAUAUUUGUACAGAAUUUCUGUGUUAUAUGCUUUCUUGAGGAACCAGAAUCCGGGAGAUAAGAAAUUGUCAUCCUCACUUUCAUCUUCCAUUCGGAAGUUGUCUACAUCCGGAAAAUUAUCUUCUACACCAAGUGCUACCGCUGAGGGUGAAGAACACUUUAAAGCAUUAAAAUUCUGGGUGCAUUCUGACAACUUGAUGGAAGUAAAGACAGCUAUCCUAAGACACCUUCCUAUGAUGGUUUAUGGCGAUCGGUCUGGUUCAGAGGAUGACGAUGAGUAUGUUUCCGAUCCUAUAAUAACCGCUUUAUACUUUGAUGAUCGAAAUUUUGAUUUAUACAAUCAGAAACUUUUAAAGCAGAAAUCUGAGGCUCCUUCUUUACGUAUUCGUUGGACCGGAAAAUUGCGGGAUCGUAAUGAAGUCACGAUCGAGAAGAAGACAUUUAAUUAUGAGACCGGUGACGAACAAAACGUCCGAUUGAAUUUGAAGCCAAAAUAUGUCAACGAUUUCAUAUUCGCGAGUAAGAACAAAUCUGAAAUUGGUGGUAAUACUAUUGAUGACAAUAAUAGCGAUACCGCAAGUGGCAAAGUUGCAGAUCUUUAUGAGGACUUAGGAUAUAAAAGCAAUAGAAGAGCUCCACUUACUCUUCAGCGAUACAUCAGACGUCUUGAAAAGCGGGGUCUACGAAAAGCAGCAAUUGACAAGUACGCAAGAAGUUUUAAUGAUCUACAGGAAUUCAUUUCCAAAAACGAUCUCCAACCUUGUAUGCGUUCUAUGUACACUCGUACUGCUUUUCAGAUGCCAGGUGACGAUAGACUAAAGAUUACUAUUGAUUCCGAUAUUCUCUUUAUUAGAGAAGAUGCCUUUGAUUCGGAAAGACCUGUUAGAAAUCCAGAUGAGUGGCAUAGGGCAGACAUUGAUUCAAACGUUAAGAAUCCUUUUACUAUGCUAAGAAAGGGUGAGUACUAUAAGUUUCCGUAUUCUGCAAUGGAAAUUAAAAUUGCAUCGUCAAUAAUCAAUAACCCUAAUUCAAAAACAAUGCAUUGGGUUAAAGACUUGGCGAACGGCCAUCUUGCAAAAGAGGUUCCAAACUUUUCCAAAUUUAUUCAAGGUAUUUCAUCGCUAUUUUUGGAGGAUGAUAACUUGGAGAUACUUCCAUUCUGGUUACCUGAAUUGGACAGCGAUAUCAGAAGAAAUCCAGAGCAGGCAUACAAUGACUCUAAGAGUAAACAGAUCAAGCAGCAGCAGCAGUCAGAUGUCCUUAAGCAGUUACGUAGAAAUUCAGUGGAUGCUAGGCCACCCAUUGCGAAGAACAAAACAUCACAUAUGGAUCAAAUAUUAGAGGAAGGCGAGGAUUUAGAUGUUGACGAUUCAUCGGAUGAGGACUCGUCAAUCCCUUCAGGAACGACAAGCUCUGGCGGCAAUAAUCAAGAAAGGAGACUGGAAGCUGUUUUGAAUGUCAAACAACACGCUGACGAAGGUAUUCAUGCACCUCUUCCACGUAUGACAAAUGAAUACGAUGGUGAACAGAAGCAUCCGAUGAAGCUUGCUUCGAGCAAAGAUUUUCAACAGAGAAAGAACUUUAAAGAAACAUUCAUGCCUGUUUUCACCAAGAGUUCGAAACUUGAUGAAUAUGAAUCAGAAGAUGAAGAGAUUAAUCUGCCUUCUGGUGUGGUUAAACCAAAACGGUUAAUCAGGCAAUCGGGUCCUAUCAAGGUAGAGGCGAAGGUUUGGCUUGCAAACGAGAGAACGUUUGUUAGAUGGUUACAUGUGACAUCCUUACUUACCGUUUUGACAUUCACAAUUUUCUCUUCCAUUCAGUCAACUCACUUUCCAGAAUUGGCAACUGCCACUGCAUACAUAUAUUUUGUCUUAACACUGUUUUCUGGUGCAUGGGCAUAUGCGAUCUACUCAAAAAGAUUGGAAUUAAUUAAGCUGAGAUCUGGUAGGCACUUAGAUGGUAUGCUUGGACCACUUGUUUUAGCUGGCGUUUUAGUGGUGUCCUUAUGCAUAGAAUACUAUGCUGGUGUUAAGAGAUAUGCUGAAGCAAAUAACUUGUUUGCAAUUGAUGAUAUAACUGGCGAGUUUAUUUUGGAUCAACCAGGUAUGAAUGUUACAGAGCUUCAUCCAAUUCUUCAGUGGACUCUACGCAAGAUGACCAAUAUAGUCAAUUAA